GCCAUGCCGCUUCUGCUCCGCACGCUGAUGUUCGGCUUGCUCACGCUGCUGGUGGUGGUCCUGAUCAUUGACGAUAUCGCAGAAGUGGAAGAAGAAACUGCGCACACUGGACGUUCAAAGAAGACGAGCUCGCAGAGGCUUGUGCCUAAACCACACACAAGAAAGACUCCAGUACACGUGGAUCCGACCGCUCUGACAAGAUUGAGCACAGAAACAAAUCAUCGUCAUUGUCCGAGCUCCAAUACGACCGCCAAGCUCUCGUCAAACAACUGGACCUUCAACAAGACGCUCUCCAACCUCAUCAGGAAGAACGUCCUGAGAUUCCUCGAUCCAGAGAGAGACAUCUCAAUUCUGAAGGGCACUCUGAAACCUGGAGACAUCAUCCACUAUGUGUUCGACCGCCACAGCACAACCAACAUCUCAGAGAACCUCUACCGACUCUUGCCGACUGUUUCCCCCAUGAAGAACCAGCAUCACAGGCGCUGCGCCAUCGUGGGGAACUCUGGGGUCCUGCUGAACAGCAGCUGCGGUCAGGAGAUCGACUCUCACGACUUUGUUAUAAGGUGUAACCUGGCCCCAGUGGAGGAAUACUCCUGGGACGUGGGUACGCGGACAAGCCUGGUGACCAUGAACCCGUCGGUCGUGCAGCGGGCCUUCCAGGACCUGGUCAGUGACGAGUGGAGGAAUCGCUUCCUGCAGCGGCUUCAGAGCCUCAGCGGCAGCGUGCUGUGGAUCCCGGCGUUCAUGGCCAAGGGGGGAGAGGAGCGCGUGGAGUGGGCGCUCCGUCUCAUCCUGCUUCACACUGUGGACGUACGCACCGCCUUCCCCUCCCUGCGCCUCCUCCAUGCUGUCAGAGGGUAUUGGCUGACCAACAACGUCCACAUCAAGCGUCCGACCACCGGCCUCCUCAUGUACACGAUGGCCACUCGCUUCUGUGAUGAGAUCCAUCUCUACGGCUUCUGGCCGUUCGCGCUCGACCCGCAGGGCAAACCGGUCAAAUACCACUACUACGACACUCUGAAGUACGAGUACACAUCCAGGUCCAGUCCGCACACCAUGCCUCUGGAGUUCAGGACCCUGAACGCAUUGCACAGACAGGGGGCGCUCCGGCUCCACACUGGGACCUGCGACCCUGAGACGAAACCACAGAAGGAGCCAGUAGCCUGAUGGACGAUUGUCAUGGAAACCAUCAUCUUGACUGAGUAGACUUUUUACAAACAGUUUUCUUCUUACUGUACUUUAUGAAACUUGAAUAACUUAUUUUCAGCUAUUGAAACAAACUUGAUUUUCUAUUACAAGCUCUUUUAGUGACUAACUUCUCUGGUGCAUUUGACCUUUUAAUGAGAUUUCUAUGAGAAAAUUUGAAUAAUGAAACCUUUUUUGUCCAGCUGAUUUAAACCUAGGUUCCCAGUGUGAUUGCUAUCUACCAUUUAAAUAAUUCAAAACGCAUUUGUGUAUUUAACUUAGUUAUAACAUGCCAUAAAUGAAAAGUCCCAGUUUAGUAUAUGAUAGGGCUUCGUUAGGCAGUUUGUUAUGUCAGUUUUUACCCAGAAUGUGAACCGCAUGUGGAGGUGACGAAAUGAAUGUUGUGAGUCUCCGGUUGGGCCACAAGAUGGAAGCACUUAACUUUGAGAGGGAACGAUGACGAUGAAAGGAAAGUGGGUCAACUCUUCAAACACUUGUUUUUAAAUAUGACAAACCCUUUUCAUUAGGCUCUUUGAUAAAACAGUUAUUCAAUAUUUAUGUUUCCCUCUGGUCGAGGACAUUUUACAUGUAUGCCUUUGUAGCUUGAAGUACCUUUUAGAAUGUUCAUAUUAAACCAGUUAAUUCAUAAGCAUAAAUUUAAAUAGUGAACAUGUUGGGUUACCUUGGGAGCCAGUGAACAGAUAGAGGCAUGUCGGAUCGGGCUCGGCUCCUGUGAGAUUGUACCGGCUGUUCACAUAAGUAAAUUUACACAGGCUUAGUAAACCCCCUUUGUAAACUUCUCUUUAAAAACACCAGCCCUGUUUCCACACUGACUGUCAGACUGUAGCUCUGUGGUGGUAGUCACACUAAUGAAUGUAGCGUGAUGUUCUUACACUGUAAGAAAUGAGCCCUGUAAUGUGCUUUCAAUGAAUUCCUGAGCAGAUGUAGCGAUGCUCUCAGUGUGACAACACUGAGAAGAGGAGGAGCUGAGGAGUUGUUCGUCUUAAUUCAAUUAUAAUGUUCUAUAAUGUGUUUGGUUUAGUAUUCAACCAAUAUAGGUUGACAAAGAUAUGUGUGGAUUUGAUGACACUGCCAGUAUUUGUGCCUAUGAUAUAAUUAAAUUUGCCCAUUUCGAAUCGGACCAAUCACAUGCACAUGACUUUUUGACAGGAUGGGAAGUACAGGAAAGUAGUUUCGUAGUUGUUUUGAACGUGUUACUCGCUUCUAAAGCCAAGAUAUGUUCAUCGGAACUUUAAUAAACAGAAUGUACAAAAAAAGUGUAUUUCAAUGCAGGUCUGUCGACUUGGAGUUCUUGCCAGGGAUGAAACUCCAUUUCAGCGCCAGACUGAAUUUUCCAAACUGUUUAAAUCUUGGUUUAUAUUUUUGUACUUCUAAGCUCCACCUCAGAAAAAGUCUGUCGGGCUUUUAGGGAGUUUUUCAGGAGUCGUCAUGCCACUGGGCCUUUUUGCUGUAAACUCUUUAAUGGGUAUUUUUCUGGAACAGUUAAUAAAAAUAAUUAACCGAAGCAUUUGAAAUAUCCCGAAAGCUCCUGCAGAUAAACAAGUAGCCUCUCAUGCGCCUCAUGUGAUUUGUCCAUAAAAGUGUUGUUUUGACAGGAUGUGCCUGUUGACAUUGAUGUUGGCCUUAUUUCUUUGCCAGUUUAGUUAAGAAUAGACAUCAAAGUGGUACCAGAGACGUCAGCAGCGUGAAACAAUGAAGGGUUUGUUUGUGAAGGCUUUUCUGCGCUAGGCAAAAAACAGACACGCUCUGAGACCAGCACUAUUAAGUUAAUUAACCCAGAGUCUGGU